AUGAGAUGUAGGGUGAUGGCAGAACGAGGUGUCACGAACUACCACAAAGUUUUCGUCGAAGAGGCCGGGCCAAGAGGAGUCAAAGCGGACAUCCAUGCUGCGCACCUCUCGCGCACGCCUCCGCCAAUACCUGUCUCGGGCAAGGUGGGCGACGUCUUCUACUACGCAGGACCCCCACGCAUGGGCCGGGAUGGUGCAGAGCUCCAGCCGGGCGAGCAGGGGGAGGUUGUGGAGCAGGGAGUGCUUCCAGGAAGCCUCAGGUUGCGCUUUGCGAACUUCCCGGAGCUCUGCUCUGUGGAGAUGCGCCAUCUUCGUCCUGAACCUCCGCCAGUGCUGCCGGGGUCCUGCUUACUUGGCCUUUGUGCUUGCCUGCGGCGCUUCUCUGCGUGGCUCUGCAGGUUUAUUUCGCCAGCUUCUGCGAGGGCGAGAGGCGUUCAGCCGAGCACCUUUCGCUUCCGAGCGCGGGAUGGAAUCUGA